AUGGCCGAGUCUUCAUCCUCCUCCCCGUUCACUCCGGCCUCUUUCAACGACUACAAUAAUUCCCUCCAAACCGUCGCACUUACCGCAACGAAGCGCGGUGCCCAGCUCCCUGCUGACAUCUCUUUUCACCGCACGAUCGACCGCGCCUUCGGACGGGAGCUCGACGCUUGCUCCGCACGCGUACUCUCGCUCACGAACCGCCUCCUCGCCCUUGCUGCGUCCGUGCACGGGAGCAAUGCUAAAAGCAAGGGAAAAGCUCGUUUGGAAAGCGCGGAGGACGUGCUUGAUGAUUUUCGCGCACUGGUCGUAGACCCGAUGGACCAGCUGCUGGAGCGUGCAGAUAUUUGCCUGGAUGAGGUUCUGGGACGCACCAAGCCUCCUGCGAUUGCCGUGAACCCCACGCCGACCACUAUGCAGAAGAAAAAGGCAAAAAUUCCACCAAAAGGCCGACUUGACCCGGCACUGCAGCAUGCCUCGCACCUACCGAAGCCUCAGCUUCGCUUCGCCCGAAAAGUCGACAACAGUCCUCAUACGAUAUGGCAGCCGACGCUGCAGCACAAGUACCAUGCGCAAGUACCCCUGGGAUACAAUCUCAACGAUGCAAUCGAUGUUGAUAUGGAUGGCGAAGGGGACGAGCUCUCCGUGCCGAGCGCCUUGCAUCCAUAUCGCUAUGAGAUCACACACACACCUUAUCCCUCGCACAUGUUUGCUCCCGCGGAGCCUAUCGCGCCUGCAUCCUUCGAUGUGACGCCCUUCACGUGGGUCGACACACCCGCGCACUUCUCCGCCAUGCUCGAGCGCCUGCGAGACGCGCGCGAGAUCGCGGUCGACCUCGAGUAUCACAGCUAUCGCACGUUCGGCGGAUUUGUUUGCCUGAUGCAGCUCAGUACGCGUGAGGCGGACUGGGUCGUGGACACGCUCGCCCUGCGGGACGACAUGGAAGCGUUAAAUGAAGUGUUCACGGACCCGCGAAUUGUGAAGGUCUUGCAUGGUGCGGAGAGUGAUAUUGUUUGGCUCCAACAGGACUUUAAUUUAUACAUCGUGAAUCUAUUUGAUACCCAUCAUGCUUCGAAGGUGCUGGAUUUCCCCCGGCAUAACUUGGCCACUUUGCUAGAGAUGUAUUGCGACUUUAUUGCGGACAAGCGGUAUCAACUGGCCGACUGGAGAAUUCGCCCACUGCCGGAAGAAAUGCUUGCGUACGCACGAUCGGAUACGCAUUUCCUUCUCUUCAUCUUUGACAACUUGCGCAAUGCACUACUUGACCGCGGUCAGUCCCUGUCGAGCUCGCAGUCUUGUGCCGAGACUCCUUCCGCGUCGACGUCUCUAUCCGGGGCCCCAACAACAGACCCUCAAGCACUCAUUCGCGAAGUACUGUCGCGCUCGGAAACGACAGCAUUACGAGUAUAUGCGAAGGAAGGUUACGAUGCCGCCGGUGGCACGGGGCCUGGCGGCUGGGACAAUCUCGCGCGCAAAUGGAACAAGGGUGCGCUGAUGGCUGCUGCCGAGCUCGAGGGUGUAAAGGACAGCGUGUAUGCCGUGCAGCGCGCAGUUUAUCGUUGUGUCCACACGUGGCGAGACCGUGUCGCGCGGGUGGAGGACGAGAGCACUCGCUAUGUGCUCGCAAACCAUUACUUGUUUGUGCUCGCCGAGCAACCACCGGCCGACAUGGCAGCUCUGCUCCGCACAUUGCGCUCGGUACCGCCCGUCGUCCAGCGGCGCGCAAAGGAGCUGCUCGGUGCCAUCCGCACCGCCGUCGCAUCGGCGCUUGCCCCAUCCACAUCGGGUUCGCCACCUGCCAUUUCCGGCGAUGCCGAAUUUUCUUCCGGCAUCUCGGCGCUCGAGAACACGGCCAUCAGCACUGCAAGAGUUGCCGAGAUGCCGCAGUCGAUUGCCGACGAUGAUGCUGCGGUGCCAAGCCCGCCAAUGCUUAUUCUGUCCGUUGUUAUUGGGUGUUGCGGCGAGGGCUCACGCAAGGUGCGACCUGCAGCGACGAACAAGGCGAGCAUCGCAUCGGCAUCGGCAUCGUCGCUGUUCGGCGCGACCCUCGCACCGACGAGCGGGAGGGACAGUGUCAAAGAAGAGGUGCGGGUGUCGUACUCCGCGACGAGAAGUGCGCUCUUCGAUGAGCGUGUGACCUCCAUAUCGCGAACGUCAGAAACGGCAAGAGGGAGCCGCUUCCAAGAAGUAGUGGCACGCAUUCACGGCACGCUGGUCAUCGCGCCAACAAUGCCCAAGCUUGCCGCCAUACCGAGCAAAGCCGGUGCCGAAAUGGUAGAGGCUGUUGAGGAAGCAGCUGGAUCUGCGCAAAUUGAAGGCCAGGCGGAAAUUCCGUUUAUACCUGCGGCCCAGCGCACAAGUGCCAAGAUGGAAACCGUGGACGACACGAUUGUGGUCGUGGGCCAGGCGCGAGCGAAGAAGCGCAAGCGAGCUCCGCCGAGAACUGCCGCGAUCGAGGUGGAGUCGUUUGACUACAGCACCGCGUCAAACAUAUUGGAUGAGGGCUUUGAUGGCGAUGCGGCCGAAGAGGCCGGCACGAAAAAGCAGAAAAAGAAAGCACGCCAGAUGAAAGGUGCGGCAGGAUACCAAUACGGCGAGUUCCCGGCGCCCCCGAAGGCUCUGAGCCAGCCGAAGAGCGGAAAUCAGUCGCGCACAUUUCGAUAG